AUUCCGACUGAUCAACCAUUCAAUGCUGGCCGUUCAGACACCAAUCCCGGCACCCUCGCCUACAAUUAUUGAGCCAAUAUCCGCAGCUCUUCCUUCCACUGUACCCUCAAACGCGCCAGAGCAUUGCCCGGGAGUAGAAUCCACCCAAGCAGGCAAGGCGGAUGCUUGCGAAGGCUGCCCGAAUCAGGCGACAUGUGCAGAGGGUCCAAAAGGGCCAGAUCCGGAUCUGCCGAUCAUCAAGCAGAGGUUAGAGCAGGUUGAUAGGAAGAUUCUGGUACUAUCUGGCAAGGGCGGAGUGGGCAAGAGUACAUUCUCAGCUGGACUGUCGUGGGCUCUGUCGGCGGACGAGGACAUUCAGACAGGGCUCAUGGAUAUUGACAUUUGUGGCCCCUCCAUCCCUCUCUUGAUGGGACUCUCCAAUUCCACCAUCCACACGUCAUCCUCCGGCUGGUCUCCGGCUUAUGCUCUUGACAAUCUCGCGGUCAUGUCUAUUGGAUUCUUACUGCCUUCUGCUAAAGAUGCAGUUGUUUGGCGUGGUCCGAAGAAGAACGGUCUAAUCAAACAAUUUCUGAAAGAUGUCGAGUGGGGACAGCUGGAUUACAUGGUUGUGGAUACGCCGCCGGGAACCAGCGAUGAGCACCUCAGCAUCGUGCAAUACAUGAAAGAAGUUGGCAUAGAUGGUGCUGUGCUGGUCACAACUCCUCAAGAAGUGGCGCUGCAAGACGUGAGGAAAGAGAUUGAUUUCUGCCGAAAAGUUGGCAUACCCAUCCUAGGCCUGGUCGAAAAUAUGUCCGAGUUUAUCUGUCCGAAAUGCAACACGGCAAAUGCGAUCUUCGCCCCAACUACAGGUGGUGCCGCUCAACUGGGCAGGGAGCUGGACCUCGAGCUUUUGGGACGCAUACCGGUAGAUCCACGGAUAGGUUCAACCUGCGAUAAGGGACAGAGCUUUCUCGAUGACUACCCUGACAGUCCUGCGGCUCAAUCCUACAUAGACAUAGUUCAACGGAUACGCGAAAAGUUGGGCGAUGCCUAAAUGCAUAGACCAC